AUGACUUCGGUGGUCACCAAAACCGACUGUCCUACUGGACCCGACGACUCUGGACUUCACGAUGGCGGGGACACCAUACGCUGCAACGAUCUCAGAUGGCUGCCUCUAGCGCCCAAGGUCUGGAUCAAGCUAGUGAAGCUCUCUCCAGAAACAGGCUCUUACACUGUUAUCGUCCGCGCGGAGAAGGGAGGAGUCCUUCCUCGGCAUCGACACAUUGAGAGCGCAGAGAUCUAUGUUAUUCGAGGCGACGGCAAUCACCCUCAAACGGGACACUUUACACAAGGAGAUUAUGUAUCUGAGAGGAAGGGUGCAGUCCACGACCCGCUUAUAUUCGAGGAUGAGGUGGAGAUGUUGAUGAUGAGCAAUGGCCCCUCGGCUUUCAUUGACGAUGAGGGUCACGACUUGUUUUUGAUGGAUGUUCCCAUGCUUCAACACCUUGCGGAUUCGACUUCCGAAGCAUCGUAA